AUAUUGAAUCAAAAACUAUCUUUGAAAUUCUUAUGAAAUCAUUUCAUGAUUCGUUAAUUCAAAAAUGGUCAUGACCACAGCAGAAAGAAAACAUAAAUCUCACUACAAAGAAGGAAGAAGAAAAAAAAAAAAGAAAAAGGAAAAGGCCGAAACGGCGGCUUCUUAAUCCAAUUCAAUCCUUUACCAAAAUCUUCCCUCUUUUUUUUGUUAGCACUAUGUAUAAAACGGGAACCAACUGGGAAACCGGGUUUUCCUCUUCUACUAUUUUUCAAAGCACGUCUCUCUCUCUCUCUCUCGUUCAUUUUUUUUUGUUUUAAUAAACCAAAGAAAUAUUCAGUCUCAGAUCUCUCUUCCUUUUUCUUUUUCCUUUUCAUUUCUUUAGCAUUAAGCUUUGGCAUCUUUCAUUUCAUUUUGUAAUAAUAACAAUAAUUAGAUCUGUAUACAGAAAAAGGAAAAAAGAUACGUAAUAGAUCUUGAAUAUAGUUCAUACCGACAAUGGACAACAAUGAAGAUGUAGAGGGAGGUGGCAUUGAAGACGAAUUCCACGGCAAGCUUGGUCGCAAGUACCGUCCGGUGGUUGCUCACGAUCGCGCCGUUCUUGAAAUGUCUUCUAUCGAUCCUGGAUCUUCCUCCUCUCCCAAGAAAGUAGGUUCUCAAGAGGACAUGCAUUCUAAUAAUGCAAGUGAAGCAGCUAUUCCUGUUAAUGGAGGAGUUAAUGGAUCAGAGAGGGAACACAGAUUGGAAUUGUUUGGUUUUGAUUCUCUUGUCAAUAUUCUUGGUCUUAAGAGUAUGACAGCAGAGCAGGUGGUAGCACCUUCUAGUCCUAUAGAAGGCGAAGAUGUUUCCAAUGCUUAUGAGCGUCCAAGAGUUAAUGAUUUUAAAUUGGGAACAAUGAUGGGCGUUUUUGUCCCAUGCUUGCAGAACAUAUUGGGAAUUAUCUACUAUAUCCGUUUUACUUGGAUUGUUGGCAUGGCUGGCAUAGGCGAAUCACUACUGCUGGUAGCAUUUUGUGGUCUGUGCACUUUCUUAACAUCAAUUUCGUUGAGUGCUAUUGCAACUAAUGGUGCAAUGAAGGGUGGGGGACCAUAUUAUCUCAUUGGUCGUGCCCUUGGCCCGGAGGUUGGAGUUAGCAUUGGACUAUGUUUCUUCCUUGGGAAUGCAGUUGCUGGAGCUCUGUAUGUGUUGGGAGCUGUAGAAACCUUUUUAAAAGCCGUGCCUGCUGCUGGUAUAUUUAGAGAAACUAUCACUCAUGUUAAUACCACAGAUACUGUGGGACCAAUAGAAAGUCCAAGUUCACAUGACCUGCAAAUUUAUGGGAUUGUUGUGACUCUCAUCUUAUGCUUCAUUGUGUUUGGUGGUGUCAAAAUGAUUAAUCGGGUGGCACCUGCUUUCCUUAUACCUGUUCUGUUCUCGCUGUUUUGCAUAUUUGUUGGUAUCUUUUUGGCAAGGAAGGAUGAUCCAGCACCUGGAAUCACGGGCUUGAGUUUGGAAAGCUUCAAAGAUAACUGGAGUUCAGAAUAUCAGUUUACCAAUGAUGCUGGCAUACCUGAUCCUGAAGGAAAGACUUACUGGAAUUUCAAUGCUUUGGUUGGUCUCUUUUUCCCUGCCGUAACAGGAAUUAUGGCAGGUUCUAAUAGAUCAGCAUCCCUUAAGGACACUCAGCGUUCAAUUCCUGUUGGUACACUGGCUGCGACUCUCACAACUACUGCAAUGUACUUGGUCUCUGUGUUAUUAUUUGGAGCUCUUGCUACCAGAAACAAGCUUUUAACAGACAGGCUACUCACAGCUACUGUUGCUUGGCCUUUCCCUGCAAUUGUGUACAUUGGCAUUAUUCUUUCAACCUUAGGGGCGGCUCUUCAAAGCCUUACAGGUGCUCCACGUCUACUUGCAGCAAUAGCCAACGAUGAUAUUCUGCCAGUUCUCAACUACUUCAAAGUUGCAGAUGGGCACGAACCUCACAUUGCUACUCUCUUCACAGCAUUUAUUUGUAUUGGGUGUGUCAUUAUUGGGAAUCUGGAUCUUAUCACACCAACUAUUACUAUGUUCUUCCUUCUGUGUUAUUCUGGUGUGAACUUGUCUUGCUUCCUUCUGGAUCUUCUAGAUGCUCCCAGUUGGCGACCACGAUGGAAGUUUCACCAUUGGAGCCUCUCUCUUCUUGGAGCAUCACUUUGUAUUGUUAUUAUGUUCUUGAUUUCUUGGUCAUUCACGGUUGUGUCUCUGGCCCUUGCAAGCCUCAUAUAUUACUAUGUGAGCAUUAAAGGAAAGGCUGGGGACUGGGGUGAUGGUUUCAAGAGUGCAUAUUUUCAGUUAGCUCUUCGCAGUCUUCGGUCUCUUGGAGCUAGUCAAGUCCACCCAAAGAACUGGUAUCCCAUUCCCCUCAUAUUCUGCCGGCCAUGGGGAAAGCUGCCAGAAAAUGUACCUUGCCAUCCCAAACUUGCUGACUUUGCAAAUUGCAUGAAGAAAAAGGGCCGUGGGAUGUCUAUCUUUGUGUCUAUACUAGAUGGGGAUUACCACGAACAUGCUGAAGAUGCCAAGGCAGCCUGCAAGCAACUUAGUACCUAUAUUGACUACAAGAAUUGUGAAGGUGUAGCAGAGAUAGUUGUAGCCCCCAAUAUGUCUGAAGGGUUUCGUGGAAUUAUCCAGACUAUGGGCCUCGGUAACCUUAAGCCCAACAUUGUGGUGAUGCGAUAUCCUGAGAUAUGGCGUCGUGAAAACCUAACUGAAAUCCCAGCCACUUUUGUUGGGAUAAUUAAUGACUGCAUUGUAGCAAACAAAGCGGUUGUUAUUGUCAAGGGUCUUGAUGAGUGGCCCAAUGAGUAUCAAAGGCAGUAUGGUACCAUUGAUUUAUAUUGGAUUGUCAGAGAUGGUGGUCUGAUGCUUCUUCUUUCCCAGCUCCUCCUUACAAAGGAAAGUUUUGAGAGUUGUAAGAUUCAGGUCUUCUGCAUUGCAGAGGAGGAUUCGGAUGCAGAGGAGCUCAAAGCUGAUGUGAAAAAAUUUCUGUAUGAUCUCAGGAUGCAGGCAGAAGUAAUUGUCGUAUCAAUGAAAUCAUGGGAUGCACAAGCAGAUGGCGCUCAACAAGAUGAAUCACUAGAAGCAUUCACUGCUGCUCAGCGGCGAAUUACUAGUUACUUGUCUGAAAUGAAGUCUAGAGCUCAAGGGGAAGGAACUGCACUGAUGGCCGAUGGGAAACCUGUGGUGGUGAACGAGCAACAGAUUGAGAAAUUCCUUUACACAACCCUGAAACUGAAUUCAACAAUAUUGAGAUACUCAAGAAUGGCAGCAGUUGUGCUUGUGAGUCUACCACCACCUCCAAUCAGCCACCCAGCAUACUUAUACAUGGAAUACAUGGAUCUAUUAGUAGAAAAUGUGCCAAGGCUGUUGAUUGUAAGAGGGUACCGUAGAGACGUUGUAACUCUGUUCACAUAGUUGACAGGCGGUUUAGCUUCCAGGACGACGGUGGGUGCCGCAUUCCUCAUUGUUCAUAUUAUUUUCACCUUGUUCAAUUUUGUAGUUUAAAUGUUAAAUUCAUUCUUUUUUUACCAUCAUUCUCAUUCAUGCUAAAGCGGCAUUUUGCUGUUCAACUUGAUAGUUGAUAUAGAAAUCUUGAAUUGUACAGCCCUUGUUGGGAUGUACAGUGUCAAUUUUGA